UUGUACACGUAUUUAUAUGUGUACAAAUGCCGAAAAUUUGCAUAUUUUAGCAAGAAAGACCUGAGGAAGAUUCCGUACAGCUCAAUCCUGAAAACGCCAGCAGUCUGGGCUGUAUGGAUUGCUGCACUGGGAAAUUUUACCUGUGUCAAUAUGCUCUUCCUAUUUUCGCCUCUGUACAUCAGCAAAGUGCUCGGAUUUGAAAUACACCAUACUGGUAUCACGGCAGCAUUUGGCCCGUUCGCUCAGUUCCUCGCCAAAGUUUGUGCAGGUCAAUUAUCGCUGUUGCCGGUUCUUUAAGC